GAUCGAACAGUUGAUGCAGCUUUGCGGCAUAAUAUUAAUUCGCAAAUUUGGUGAGAUAAGGGGGGCUGUAGAAUUCGUGAAGAAUCAAGAAACCUUGGAAGAAGAAUUUGUAUAGAGAGAAAAAAAAAGGUUUUUAUUUUGGGGAGCUAUGGAGAAGACUAAAGAAGACGACGGGGACCGAAACCAAAAUCAGAACCCAGUGGAAGGAUCGAAGGGAAAGUCAUGCAAGGGAUGUCUCUACUAUUCUUCGAUUCAAAAAUCCAAAGCUCGGAAUCCUUUGUGUGUCGGUGUUAGCAGAACCCUUCGACAAGUUCCUGGAUACAUCGUGGGAGAAUCUGAGAUGGAAGCUUCCAAAGAGGGUCGCAAUCUUACAGAUUUCAAGUAUGCUUGUGUUGGCUAUUCUGUAUACUUGGACGGCAAAGAAACUCCGACAGCUUCUCAGGAUAAACAGGCUGAAUUGCCGUUUUGUGUUGGUAUUGAGCUUUUGGUGGACAAAAGAGCUUCAACCACUGACCAUGCGCCUGCUCAUGUUCAUAAUAGAGAAGAUGGUCAUGCUUUCCCUCAAUCACGAACUUAUAAACCAGCACAUUCCAUUGGGGAGGAGUUUUUUGGCAGGUUUACGAGGAACGCAAGUCUGGUGGCUUCAGGUGUUACCAGGAAUAUCUAUAGAGUGGGCAAUUACAUAAAGGAGAAUAUUGAUGACAUACUAUACCCUUACAGAAGGAGACCCAAAUAAGACAGCUGAGCCUGCCUUCACUUUGUGACAAUAAAGAAGAGAUUGGGGGUUCAGCAUUUGUUGGAUAAUCUUGGUGUGCGGUUGUCAUUGUGCAUGUGUCUCCUUUCUAUGAUACUGUAAGUAAAAGUACUGCUGUUUGCCUGGAUCAGGCCCAUUGAUGAUCCAACUGAGACUGGUGAUUCAAAGCAUUCUGGUCAGUGAUAUGUUAACUAUAAUUAUGGCCUGAGAUGGAGACUAAAUUUUCUUCAAACAGAAAAUGAAAUUGGAUGCACAAGAACAUCUCACUAAAAAGAUUCUGUUUUCAUU